AUGUCCUCACAACCAAUCCAGGAGCAAAGGGCCAGAGCUGGGUGGUCCAGAUGGAAAAGGAGAGAGAAUGAGAAGAAGGGAGGAAACCAGACAGCUGUGACGGAGUAUGUCCUGCUGGGGCUACAUAAGCACCGUAACCUGGAGGUGGUCCUGUUUGUGCUCUGCCUGGGUGUGUACUCCAUGAAUGUGCUGGGGAACGCCCUCCUCAUAGGACUGAACGUGCUGCACCCUUGCCUGCAUAACCCCAUGUACUUCUUCCUGAGCAACCUCUCCCUCAUGGACAUCUGUGGCACCUCCUCCUUUGUGCCUCUCAUGCUAGUCAACUUCCUGGAAGCCCAGAGGACCAUCUCCUUCCCUGGCUGUGCCCUGCAGAUGUACCUGACCCUGGUGCUGGGAUCAACGGAGUGCCUGCUCCUGGCCAUGAUGGCAUAUGACCAUUAUGUGGCUAUCUGCCAACCACUUAGGUACCAAGAGCUCAUGAGCAGACAGACCUGUAUGCGGAUGGCAGUGCUGAGCUGGGGGACAGGCUUUGCCAAUUCACUGCUACAGUCCGUCCUUGUCUGGCGCCUCCCCUUCUGUGGCCACAAUGUCAUCAACUACUUCUUCUGUGAGAUCUUGGCAGUGCUAAAACUGGCCUGUGGGGACAUCUCCCUCAAUGCGCUGGCAUUAAUGGUGGCCACAGCUGUCCUGACACUGCCCCCCUUCUUGCUCAUCUGUCUAUCUUACCUUUUCAUCCUGGCUACCAUCCUUAGGGUACCCUCUGCUGCAGGCCGACACAAAGCCUUCUCUUCCUGCUCAGCCCACCUCACAGUGGUGGUGGUGUUUUACGGGACCAUCUCCUUCAUGUACUUCAAGCCCAAGGCCAAGGACACCAAUGUGGAUAAGAUUGUCGCUUUCUAUGGGGUUGUGACGCCCUCACUGAACCCCAUCAUCCACAGUCUGAGGAACGCAGAGGUGAAGGCUGCUGUCCUAGCUCUGCUGAGAGGAGGUCUGCUCUCCAGGAAAGCCUCCCACUGCUACUGUUGCCCUCUGCCUGUCCACCGGCAUAGGCUAGCUGAGUCCUCAAAGCCCUCCAGAAUCUGCCCCUACCUGCUUCUUCAGCCUGAUUUUCCACUACACCCUUCACACGACUGUCCCCUCGCUACAUUAUCUGUCCUGCCCUACCCUCAUGUGUUUGCACCCUUGCACCACAUUCCCUAUGGAAAGUUUGCAGGACUGAACUGUCACUCAGAAGCCUUCAGAACAUCAGCAUGUGGGGAUUGA